CCCUUUUAAUAAUGACUAGUCCCAUUUGGGAGAGGCAAAUGUUGGGAAGAUUGGUCAGUCUCUCUCACCAAAAGUGUCAAACAUGAGAGCCCACGUUUAAUUUGCUUCUUAUUUUCCUAUUCUUAAUUUGAGCUAGUGGUUGUGGUUGUAGGAUCCAAACGCAUCAAAGUCAGAAUAUAAGAGAGAGAAAAAGACUCCUUUUGUUCAUGGAGAGGAAGGAGACUAUUGAUUUUUCUUCUUAUUUUUAUCUUGAAGCCUCUGGUGACUCUGAAGAAGCUGAUUUUGAUCACACCUUUGCUUGUGAAAUGGCCAAAGCAGAUGGUGGUGGCGAAGUUGUUGAUGAUAAUGAUGAUGCUCUAUCUUGCAAUGGAUCUGGUGCUUGUAAUGUUGCUGAAUCCGAUGGGUGUGACGAGUCUUGUGAUGAGCAUGAUGGUGGGAUUGAGAAGAAGCAGGAGGAGGAUGGUGUUUAUGGAAUGUCAUAUUGUGAAGAUGAUGAGAUGCAAGAAGAACAGAUGAAAUCCUAUGUGUCUUUUGAUUCAGGCCACAAAUCUCUGGAUGAAAUGGAAAAGAACAGGCUCUUCUGGGAAGCUUGCUUGGCAUCUUGAGAUUGUGUUAAUUUCUUGGCUUUCCCUUUUUCUAAAUCACCCAUGUGAUCCAUAUUUGUUCGACAUUAAGGGUCACUUAGCUUAGAUUUUCUUUUCUUUUUAAAUGUAGCAGCUUAGAGAAAAUCUUUUAAUGUUAUGUAAAUAUUUAACCGUUAGAAGAAAAAUAUUUUCUGUUUUUUUAA